AUGGUGUCUUUUCUGAUAACCACGGCCGUGCUUUCGCUUUCUCUGUCUGUACACGGAUGGCCGCAGGUACGCAAUGAAUCAAGGUUCUUUGGGGAGGAGAUUCGCGCGGAAAACAUCGUCGCGGACAUAUCGUCCAGGGAGCUGCCUUUUGUAGGCGAGGCCUUGUCUGUGGGAACGCUGCCGGUGCCUCAGCUCUCGCAGCGAGACGACGCAGUUGGGAGUCUUGAGGCCACAGAAGACGACCAAGACUCGUCCUCCAACAACUCGUUCCAGGAAGAUGCUAAGCGCGGGCCUCCCGAGGGCGACAUCUCGCCGGGCCACCUGACGCUUCCUGUCCUUCAUGUCGAGAGACGCUUGGAUAAAAGAGACGUCGAGGUCCGGCUCGAGAACCGCUCAGACGUCGCCUACUAUGUCCAACCAAACCUUGGUACUAACCCCGACCCAAAAAAAUUCAAAGUCAACAUAGGAAACCCCGUUCAAAAAGUCUUUGCGCAACUCGACACGGGAUCGUUCGAGCUCUGGGUCAACCCGGACUGCACGAGUCUCCCCUCCUCCGCGGACAAGCAGUUCUGCCAGGCCGUCGGGCAAUACAACCCCCUCCGGUCCUCGUCGUCCAAGGGAAGCAACCUGAGUACGGAGCUCCGGUACGGCAUCGGCUCCGCCCAAAUCACCUACUUCCUCGAUGACAUUGCGCUCGUCGACUCGCGGCAGAUGAAGCAGGUGCAGUUCGGCGUGGCGCGGUCCACCAAGGACCAGUUCUCGGGCAUCCUGGGCAUCGGGCACGGCGUCGGCGUCAACACGGGCUACAGGAAUUUUGUCGACCAGCUCGCGGACCAGGGCAUCACCAAGACCAAGGCCUACAGCGUCGCGCUGGGCAGCAAGGCCGACCGGGCCGGCGUCGUCGUCAUGGGCGGCGUCGACACGGCCAAGUUCGCAGGCAGGCUGACGCCGCUGCCGCUGAUCCCCGGCGACAAGUCCCCCGACGGCGUGACGCGCUUCUGGGUGAAUCUGACGUCGGUCCAGCACAACUCCGAGUCCGGGAGGACGGCCAACCUGACGGGCGCGACGAUGCCCGUCUUCAUGGACACGGGUGCCACCCUCACCCUGCUGCCGCCCAGGCUGGCCAACGACAUCGCCAGGCGAGUCGGCGCCCGCGGCCUGGACCGGAACGGGCUCUACAUGGUGGACUGCGGCGUGGCAGGCAAGAACGGCAGCCUGGACUUCAACUUCGACGGCGUCACCAUCCGAGUCCCGUACAGUGAGAUGGUUCGCGAGAUUGCCACCUUGCCCCCGAGUUGCUACCUGGGCAUCAUGCCCAGCACUUCCUUCACGUUGCUAGGCGACACCUUCUUGCGGUCUGCGUAUGUGCUGUUUGACAUUUCAAACAACAUGACGUACAUGGCGCCCUACGCCAACUGCGGCUCAAAGACGCAAUCGAUAGAUUCAUCAACGGAUCUGACGUCGAUAGUGGGGACAUGUUCACCGCAGCAAGUGAAUGAACUGUCGAAGCCAGUUGGUGGUGGUAGUUCGGAUGGAAACAGUGGAAACAAGGAUAACGGCGCAGGAUUAGCAAGAAUGUCCUGGAGCUGGUUUGGCGUUUUGGGAGCAUUUGCAAUCGGAGCUCUGACUCUGUGA